AUGCCAAAUGAAAAGGCGCAGACGCUGACAGUUGCAGAAGCCUUCGCAGAGACCUCAAAGGCGCUUCAGCAGUUUAACAUCGAAAGAAUACGUGUCGAUGGCCUCAGUCGUGGGAACGCGUGCGACGAGGAAAAGUUCAGAAUGUUAACCGAACAGGAGUUUAUGCGAGAGUUUGUGUUUCACUCCCGCCCAUGCAUCAUUGUGGGGGCGCUGUGUGAUUGGCCGGCGUUGCAGCGGUGGCGGGACGACCGAUAUUUGUUUGAUCUGGAUGAAAAACUUCCCAUGGUGUAUGAGAAGGAAAGAACCAGUAAAGGGAAUGGAGAAAUUAAUGAAAAUGAUAGCUUCCAUGAGGAUGAAGAGAUUGUGACGGAAUCGGAUGCAGAGGACAGUAAGAAUGGCACCAGUAAUAAUGAAGCGGAAUCACAAGGGACGUUGGGACCUCGGCGCGUGACGGUUGCAUUGACGCCUAACGGUCGGGCUGACGCCGUAACAUAUGUAACGUACAACGCUGUAAAGAAUGAGUCACAGGUACAUGAUAAACUUGAAGGUAAAAGUGACUUCGUAGUAACCGAAAAGCUGUUCAUGAGUGCCGCAGAGCUACGAGUGACGCUGCCUGAGUUGUACAGACUGCUGCGUGCAAAUCCACUUGUCCCUCCAUUGAAAUCCCAGUUUGUCGACCUCCGUCGGCCGCAACGUUCGAUCGCAUACGCACAAAUGCAAAAUAAUUGUCUUGCGGAGGAGUACCAACAUCUCCAUGCUGAUAUCGACACCGCAUUGGACCGCUUUGGUACUCGGGUAUUUGGAGGUAAACGUGAGGCCGCUAAUAUUUGGCUUGGCACACCCGCCUCCGUCUCAUCAAUGCAUCAAGACUGGGUAGAGAACCUUUACGCGGUUGUGCGCGGUGUGAAGGAGUUCAUAUUAGUUCCUCCAUGGGAAGGCGUGUUUGUGCCCAAGCCGGAACUUCCAGCGGCAGCAUUUACCCUCAAAGCCGCAGCGAAUUGUAAAGAAGGUGAAGAGGAAUACAUAUUUUCUGAUAGUCCCACGCGUGACGGAACGUCGGUGCCGUGGAUGGAUGUGGAGCUUACACCUGCUGCAGUUGAUGACCCGCUGCACAUUAAAGAGGAGCUGCGUGACAAAUUGCAUCCACUCAUUGCGUACGUGCAACCUGGUGAGGUGUUGUACCUUCCUGCUUUGUGGUUGCACCGUGUGGCGCAACACGCAGAUUCUGAGGAUAGCCGAGUGAUUGAGGAAGCGUCGACUGAAGAAAUUGCUAAAGUUUCACGGCAUGAUCAAAAACAUUCUGCGCCCCUUCCGCUUAUCGCAGCUGUGAACUAUUGGUAUGACAUGAGUUUUACCAACCCUGCUGUAGUGAUGCUGCGCGAGUUUGGUCUUCUAUUGUAA